AUGGCAGUAGCUACGUUAGUAGGGUUGAUGUUAUUGGUGAUGUUUGAUGGGUCAUGUGAGGUGCUCGUAAGGAGGUGGCGACAAUGUUGGACUGGUGAUGAUAAUAGUGGUGGCGAUAGUAGGAGUGAUGAUGUUGGUCAUGUUGUUGAUAAGGCGGUGAGGAUGUUGGGUUGGUUAGUUAGGAGAACUCGUAUUGCCCAUUUUGGGCAUGUUUAUGUAUCAGUAAUGAAAAAACUAAGGAAUCAAAGAAUUUAG